CACCCACACAGCUGGCCCACCCCUGCCUCACAUCCAUGCCGAACUCCCUCACGGGGACCCAGGUGCCGCACCCCACUCUGGACCCAGUCGUCCUGGUGGACCAGAGCCAGAAAGAUGCAGAGGCCACGGGUUCUGCCCCUAUCAUGGAAAAUGGAGACACGGACCCCUGGACCAUCUCUGAGGAGGACACAAGCCAGCCCUGGAAAGAGCUCAGUGUGGCCGGCAGGGCACGCCGGGUGGCCAUCGGUUUCCUCAAGGCCUGUGGACUGCUGGGCAGCCUGUACCUCUUCAUCUGCUCCCUAGACGUGCUCAGUUCUGCCUUCCAGCUGCUGGGCAGUAAAGUGGCCGGAGACAUCUUCAAGGACAAUGUAGUACUGUCUAACCCUGUGGCCGGGCUGGUCAUCGGCGUGCUGGUCACGGUCCUGGUGCAGAGCUCUAGCACCUCCUCGUCCAUCGUGGUCAGCAUGGUGGCCUCUGAACUGCUGACUGUCCAGGCUUCUGUGCCCAUAAUUAUGGGUGUCAACGUGGGCACCUCCAUCACCAGCACCCUAGUGUCCAUGGCCCAGUCGGGGGACCGAGAUGAGUUCAGGAGGGCAUUCGGCGGGUCUGCAGUGCACGGCAUUUUCAACUGGCUGACGGUGCUGAUCUUGCUGCCGCUGGAGAGUGCCGUGGGGGCGCUGGAGAGACUCAGCCAGCUGACCCUGGGUACCAUCCACCUGGAGCCGGGGAUGCGUACCCCCGACAUCCUCAAGGUGCUGACAGAGCCGCUCACACACCUCAUUAUACAGCUGGACACUGACGCCAUCACCGACAGCGCCACGGGCAAUGCCACCAACAGCAGCAUUAUCAAGCGGUGGUGUGGGACCGAGGAGGAGCCGACCCAGGGCAGCGACUGCGGAGACCUCUGCUCCUCCCAGAACAGCUCUACCGUGCUGGUGCCCUGCCACCACCUGUUCACCUACUCAUCGCUCAGCGACCUGGCCGUGGGCCUCAUCCUGCUGGCCGGCUCCCUGCUGGUGCUGUGCUCCUGCUUGGUGCUCAUCGUCAAGCUGCUCAACUCGGUGCUUCGCGGCCGCGUGGCCCAGGCCGUGCGGGCCAUCGUCAACGCAGACUUCCCCUUCCCCUUCGGCUGGCUCAGCGGCUACCUGGCCAUCCUGGUCGGCGCGGGCCUGACCUUCGUGCUCCAGAGCAGCAGCGUCUUCACGGCCGCCAUCGUGCCGCUCAUGGGGGUCGGCGUGAUCAGCCUGGAGCGGGCGUACCCCCUCCUCCUGGGAUCCAACAUCGGCACCACCACCACGGCCGUGCUGGCGGCCCUGGCCAGCCCCGCGGACAAGCUGCUCUCCGCCGUCCAGGUGGCGCUCAUCCACUUCUACUUCAACCUGGCGGGCAUCCUGCUGUGGUACGUGGUUCCCGUCCUGCGGCUGCCCAUCCCGCUGGCCAAGCGCUUCGGGAACGUGACCGCGCGCUACCGCUGGGUGGCCGUCCUGUACCUGCUGCUCAGCUUCCUGCUGCUGCCGCUGGCCGCCUUCGGGCUGUCGCUGGCGGGGGGCGUGGUGCUGGCGGCCGUCGGGGGGCCGCUGCUGGUGCUGCUGCUCCUAGUGAUCCUGGUGAACGUGCUGCAGCGGCACCGGCCCGCCUGGCUGCCCCGCCGCCUGCGCUCCUGGGCCUGGCUGCCCCGCUGGAUGCGCUCCCUGGAGCCCUGGGACCGCCUGGUGACGCGCUGCUUCCCCUGCGGCAUCUGCGGGUCCCCCGCGGGCUCCACCAAGGAAGCCCACUGCUACGACAACCCCGCUGUGCUGGCCUCGCAGUGGCUGUGA